AUGACUCAUUUCUUAAUCUUUUCUCUGCAGCUUCGUGACACCAAGUCGACUGACCAGAAUACAACUCUUCUGCACUUUCUGGCCAAGAAAUGUGAAGAAAAGUAUCCUGAGAUCCUGAAGUUCCCUGAUGAGCUUGAGCAUGUUGAAUGUGCCAGCAAGGUAUCUGCCCAGAUCCUGAAAGCCAGCCUGGACACAAUGGAACGGCAUAUUCAGAGGCUGGAGAACGACAUCCAGAACUUCCCCAAGACUGAUGACAAGCAGGAUAAAUUUGUUGACAAAAUGUCGGGCUUCUCCAAGCAUUCGCGAGAGCAGUAUGAGAAGCUCUCCACCAUGCACAAGAAUAUGCAGAAGCUCUACGAGAGCCUAGGGAGCUACUUCGCCUUCGACCCCCACACCGUCAGCAUCGAGGACUUCUUCGGCGACCUGGCUAACUUCCGCAACCUCUUCAUGGAUGCUAUGCGGGCGAACCGCAAGAAGAGGGAGAUGGAGGAGAAGAUCAAGAGAGCCAAGCUGGCAAAGGAGAAAGCUGAGCGAGAGAAACUAGAGCGACAGCAAAAGAAGAAACAGCUGAUUGACAUGAACAAAGAAGGUGACGAGAUGGGCGUGAUGGACAACCUGAUGGAGGCCUUGCAGUCUGGAGCAGCCUUCCGUGACCGCAGGAAACGAACCCCACGCAACGGUGAUCAAAGCCCUUCCUGUUCUACACCUCGGUGGCCGGGUGCUAACCAUGACGUUGCCUCCGGGAAAAGCAGACAACCGUCGCACUGGUUUGGAAAGAUCCCGUUCACGCCACAAUGCAAACCCUAUGGUCCGAUGAUCGCUUGCCGGCUAAGGACGUUUGCCAAGUGCCAGAGACCCAAGAGUGGGGACAAAACUGAGGAGGGCUGAAAAGGGACGGAGAGAGAGCCCUUCAGCAUUCACAUAUAAACACACCCACACAUACAUGCAUACAGAACGCAGAGCAAACCUCAAGAUGUGCGUCACCGCUCCAGACACGUCAUCACAGGAUCACUUGACCCUCACUCCUCUCUGAAGGAGUUAUAUACUACAUGCUCUUUGUGCAUUGGGCCUAUCCAAUUUAGCGGUGUUUGUUUGUUAUUUUCAUGAUUACACCGGUUCUGUUUAUAUGUCAGCACAUCUCACAAUGCUAACUCCCCUGAUCUGGCUCACGUCCACCUCGCUAUCUGCAAACAAUCAAUGAUUGGCUGCGGUUUGAUCUCUCGCUAUUGGAUUUUUCAAUGCACAAACACACUCUUGAUGAAAAAAGGCCAAAAGCACCAUAAAGGACUGCGUGAUUCUGUAUGCAUAUCAGCAAAGGGACUUUAUUUGCUGUUGAUUGAACAAAACCUUGACUUGACUGAUUCUGCCUGCCCCUUUUUCUUUUUUAUUUCCAGUCCCACCAUCAGCCGUAUAAUCUCUGAUCACCCCCUCUCUUUAUAUAUUACAGAUCCUAUGUAUGUAGCGACAUGAAAAAGCUGCUGAUAUUAGCUUCAGAGCUACCGUGUGUACACAUUUGUGCUGUGUAAGAGCUGCCAGUGCCACAAGGUACCUGAGGUGGUUGAAAGAUAUUGCUCUUUAUCUACAGUAAACACUUCAAACAUUCGUAGAUGUUUCUCUUGCAGAGUCAAAGGUUUUAUUAAGUGAAUCUGCAGGUAUGUGAAGCAAAUGCGAAUCAAAGAGAUGCCAUUCAUUUCAGUUUUCAAACAUGUCACAUGUUUUCUUCGUGAUUUCUUUGUAAGUCACUGUGCUUUUAGCUUUUAGCCCUCUCGUAGAAGAGCAUUUUAGUGAACUGUAGCUUAGUGGUUUUUCAAGAUCCACUGGUCAUCUUUAAGAGCUCUCUCUUACUGACCUACCACAUUUACCUCACCAUCUCAGUGCUGUCUGAUGUUUGAAAACUGUCCAAAACUUUACAAAGAAGAGUAUCAGUUUUAGUAUCAAAGUUCAUCUUUCACAAUUUGCAAAAUAUGUAUUUAUUCACAGUUUGACAGAUUUUGCCUGAAGCCUUUUAUAUGUGAACAGUAACCCGAUUCCAGUGAGGAGUCUUCUUGGAUACGAAGAGGAUGUACAGCCAUAGACGAUGGUGACUAUCUUCAUGUGAAAUCCAUUAGUGAAAUCUUUCCAAUCAUUUUCCAUAAUGUUUUCUGCCCCCCAUGUCCAUAACACUGCAGGCAACAGUAUGUAAAACAGUCUCUUAUGGGUGUCUGGAGUCAUACUGACUCACAUACUGGUACAUGCCACACUGAAAUCCUCCACAUUUGUAAAUUAGGGGAAACUGUUAAGUUGGCACACCCAAUGCAAGCGUAUACAGUAUACAGUACAGCCAUAGUGUGGUGCAGAACACAGUACUGUUAAACAAACCACUGUUAGUCAGGCUUUCUCCUCACACUGUGUUUGUCAUAUAUUCUCUCAGGAGAGAGAGGAAAGGUCGAGAUGCAAUCCAUUGAUUUGCUUUUCUAAUUAAAACUGCCUUUUGAAUGGUUUCCAACACCACACAACAGAAGCUGCACUCGGCUCUCAUGGCUCUCUCUACCGGUUAUUUUAAACUCAUGUUAAGGGUAAUUACAGCAUCCACACACUGUCAGUGCAGACACCUCUGACAUGCAUUGUUAUUUCCCAGUCGGACUCCAGUUACAUACAUUAUGUGACUGGCAGAGUCACUGGCACCAGAUAAUUCAUAAUCUUUCUGGGUAAAAAUAUUGUUUUUUUUAGGAAUCAGUUUUGAUAAAUGUGCCAAUUUUUCGUGAGGAAAAAAAGUUACUAUACAGAGAUUUCAUCCAUUUAUUAUGAAAACUAAUGAAAAACAGAUGAUUUUUGUUUAAAUCACACUAAUAUUUUCAGUAUGAAAGUAAAUUGAAGAAUCACAUUCACAAGACUGAAACUAGCAGCAAUGCAGCCAUUCAGACUCUGAAGAGAUAUAGGGCUUAGGGAUGUCGUCAUUUUUACAACGCUAAUGUCAAAUGUUUAUGAAAUAUUCUUCAAAAUUGUGUAAUUUAUAGAUUUUUUUUUCUCUUUCCUAAGAAAACAUUUUUUUUAUACCAGUGAUAUUCCCCUCCUCCUGUGAUAUUGGUGUUAAACCUGUGCAUUACUAUAGGCUAAUAUAUAUGUGUCGUGUAUUUGAUAGAAUAUAUCCUAAUGCAGGUUAGAGUCUGCAGGUGACUGACUGUGUAACAUUUUUAGUCAGAUCCAAUAUUUUAAUUGGAUGUUAGGCAGAGACCAGAAGCAGGCACGAAAGUCUGAAUUUACUAGUGCCAAUUUGGGUCCUCUGCAGUCUCAUUUAUUCACAUUUGUUCGAUAUUCUCGGUUCAGAUUGUAUGAUGGUGCACUUUAACUUGUUAAAUAUAGACCUGGAGCGAUCUUUUAAUUUGUGAUUUCUUUGCAUAUCAUUGCCAAAAUAGACU